AUGUCAACAACAGAGAAAGUUGAGACCAAAUCAAAAAGUGAGAAAAUGCUCCCUGCACAGGAGGCGGCCAAAAUUUAUCACACCAACUACGUCAGGAACGCGCGAGCCGUCGGUGUCCUGUGGGCGAUAUUCACCAUUUGCUUUUCCAUCAUAGAAAUGGUGGUGUUCAUCCAACCGUACUGGAUCGGGGACAGCGUCAACACCCCGCAGGCCGGAUACUUCGGCCUGUUUCACUACUGUAUCGGCAACGCGCUGACCUCGGAGCUCAUCUGUAAAGGAAGUGCCUUAGACUUUGCUUCCAUCCCGUCCCCAGCCUUUAGGACAGCCCUCUUCUUCGUGGGUACAUCCAUGCUGCUGAUAGUGGGCUGUAUGGUCUGUUUCACUCUGUUCUGGUUUUGCAACACCGGGAGCGUCUACAAGAUCUGUGGGUGGAUGCAGUUUGCAUCAGCCAUCCUGAUGGUGAUGGGCUGUAUGAUCUACCCUGACGGCUGGGACGCCCCAGAGGUGAAGAGGAUGUGUGGCGAGAGGACAGACAAGUACACCCUGGGGAACUGUACGGUGAGGUGGGCCUACAUCCUGGCCAUGAUCUGUGUCUUGGACUCUCUCAUCCUUGCCUUCCUGGCCUUUACACUGGGUAACAGACAAGACAAACUGCUGCCGGAUGACUUCGAAGUGGAGGGACAAGGCCAGGGAUACGGCAACACAGACACGGGGAUACGACUCCACAGAUAG